AAGACGUCACUGACAGAAGGGAAAAGUUAGAAGCAGAGAUUUUACCUCCUCGAUCGUCUUGAUCACUUAUCACUUAUCUGGCAGACAGUAAAGACGUGUAGGAUCAGUAAAGUGGAGUGUUUAAUUGUUCCUGUUGUGUGUUUGGUGAUUUUCUGUUAUUUUGAAAUUGAUCCGUUCCGGGGUGAAGAUCAGCUUUCGUGAUGGGAAUCGUGCGGUACUAUCUACUGGAAAAUUUGGAAGUGGCCAAGAAGGAGGUGCUUUUGCAGCGACUUCGCAAGGUCGAUGAAACCAUUUAUGAUGUGAGCAUUGAGAAAUGCUACCACGUGGAGACAGCUCCUGGCAAGAAGAUCACUGAGAUGCAAGAAAAAAUCCUUCGUUGGCUCCUGAAGCAUUCCCAGGAGGAGGAUUCCUUGAAAAAGUCGUCCACAUUCCUGAAUUGCCCUCAAAGCUCGGUGCUCGUUGAAGUUGGACCUCGGUUUAAUUUUUCCACCGCAGACUCCACAAAUAGCGUUAGCAUUUGCGAAAAUGUGGGAUUCCAGGGCAUUGUGCAGCGCAUUGAAGUGUCCUUGAGAUACAUGAUCAUGUCCAAGAAUCCAUGGAUUAAUGCGAAAUCCCAUGAACUUUUUGAAUUGCUUGGAGAUCGCAUGACUGAAUGCCAAUAUACACAGCAGAAUCUUCCCGUUGAAAACUUCUAUGAGCAAGUUCUUCUCAAGGAGCCCGAUAAUUGGUACGAAGUUCCCGUGCUGGAGAAAGGACUUCCCGCUCUGAGGGAAGUUGAUGCGAAGCUCGGAUUGGCUUUCGAUGAGUGGGAUCUGCAGUUCUACUAUAAUCUAUUCAGGAAUGUUCUCAAACGAAAUCCAACGAGUGUGGAACUCUUUGAUUGUGCACAGAGCAACAGCGAGCACUCCCGGCAUUGGUUCUUCAAGGGGAAGAUGAAGAUCGAUGGGAAGUUUGUCGACAAGUCCCUCAUUAAGAUGAUUGUGGACACGCAGGAGACAACAAAUAAAAAUAAUACAAUCAAAUUCAGCGACAACAGCAGUGCCAUCCGGGGAUUUAGGCAAAAAGUCCUCCAGCCAGCGGUAUUCACGGGACCCGGGAAGAUGAAUGUUGUGGACAAAGAUAUGGAUCUCAUCUUCACUGCGGAGACGCACAAUAUGCCAACAGCCGUAGCACCCUUCAGUGGAGCCACAACAGGCACCGGAGGACGCAUUAGGGAUGUUCAGGGUGUAGGAAGAGGUGGCCUGACCAUUGCUGGUACAGCAGGAUACUGUGUUGGAGCUCUUCUCAAUCCUGACUCACCAGUUUCCUACGAAGACCCCUCAUGGACGUACCCACCAUCAUUUGCAAAUCCCCUAAAAAUUAUUAUCGAUGCCAGCAACGGGGCAUCCGAUUAUGGGAAUAAAUUCGGAGAACCCCUCAUAUCGGGAUUUGCCAUCUCAUACGGAAUUCGUGGCAGUAAUGGCGAACGCGAUGAAUACGUUAAGCCAAUCAUGUUCAGCGGUGGUUUAGGCACAAUGGAUGCCACCCAUGCCAAGAAACACGAUCCCGAGAAGAAGAAUCUCCUUGCCAAACUCGGUGGACCCGUUUACAGAAUUGGCGUUGGUGGUGGUGCUGCUAGUUCCGUGGAAGUUCAAGGCGGUAGAGAUGCAGCUGAAUUGGAUUUCAAUGCUGUCCAGCGAGGUGAUGCUGAGAUGGAAAAUAAGCUCAAUCGUGUUGUGAGGGCAUGCAUUGAACUCGGAGAUAGGAAUCCAAUCCUUGCAAUUCACGACCAAGGUGCUGGCGGGAAUGGAAAUGUCCUGAAGGAGCUCGUGGAGCCAGGCUAUGCAGGAGCUGUGAUCUUCUCAAAGGAAUUCCAACUUGGUGAUCCUACAAUCACAGCUCUGGAGCUCUGGGGAGCUGAGUACCAGGAAAACAAUGCCAUUCUCUGUCGUCAGGAAGAUCGGCAACUUCUCGAAGAGAUUUGUCAGCGUGAAAGGUGCCCCAUAAGCUUUGUGGGUAUUGUUACGGGAAAUGGCUAUGUCACCCUCCUCGAGGAGGAAGCCAACUUUGAAAAGUACCUACAGCGUGAGAAUCUUCCUAAGCAAUCUUCCCGGCCAUUUGAUCUGCAUCUUCGUGACGUGCUGGGAGAGAUGCCACGCAAAGAAUAUACCCUCGAUCGCGUUCCCAAGCAACUAGCUCCCCUGAAAAUCCCAAAUAUUCACCUCCAGGAUACUCUCAAGACAGUUUUGGGUAUUCUCGCAGUUGGAAGUAAGAGAUUCCUCACCAACAAAGUAGAUCGCUGUGUUACGGGAUUAAUUGCUCAACAACAGUGUGUUGGAUCCCUUCACACCCCUUUGGCGGACUUUGCUGUCACGGCUACAUCUCACUUUGGCCAUGAAGGUAUCGCUACAUCCAUUGGAACUCAACCAAUUAAGGGACUUCUCUCCUCCCAUGCUGGUGCCCGAAUGUCCGUUGCUGAAGCUCUUUCCAAUCUUGUCUUUGUGGGAAUCUCUGAUCUGGCUGAUGUUAAAUGUUCCGGAAAUUGGAUGUGGGCAGCAAAGUUGCCGGGUGAAGGAUUGAAACUCUACGAAGCCUGCCAGGCAAUGUGUUCAUUCAUGAAGGAACUCAAUAUUGCUGUCGAUGGUGGAAAGGAUUCCCUCUCAAUGGCUGCUCGUGUUAAUGGAAAGACUAUCAAGUCUCCAGGAACACUCGUGAUCUCCACGUAUGUACAAUGCCCAGAUAUCCGUGUAAAAAUCACACCAGAUCUAAAGAUGCCAGCUCGUGGAGGACGUGGAGAGUUGAUCUUCGUUAGUGUUGAAAAUAAAUUCCGCCUGGGUGGUUCUGCCUUUGCACAGGCCCUCAGUCAGCAGGGUGAUGAGUGUCCAGAUGUUCAGAAGGCGGAUAUCUUGAAGAAGGCCUUCAAAAUAACCCAGAAGCUCCUCAAGAAAGACAAACUACUCGCUGGGCAUGAUGUUAGCGAUGGUGGUUUAGUUGUUUGUGUGCUAGAGAUGGCUUUUGCAGGGAUGUGUGGCCUCAAUCUGGACAUUUCGUCGGUAUUGAAAAGCCAGAGUACCGACAAUCAUAUCCCCAUCCUCUUUGCCGAAGAAUGCGGAUGGGUUCUUGAGGCAGAGAGUCACAAUUUGGCCGAAAUCAUGGAAGCUUUCCGUGCUGAUAAUGUUCCUGUUUAUCACAUUGGCUCUUCUGUGGGAUGUGGCCUCAAUUCCUCAGUCCGUAUUCAGAGUCAAGGCCAAGUGCUGCUGAAUGAAGAACUCAUUGUGCUCUUUAAGCAAUGGGAAGCUACAAGUUAUGCCAUUGAGAAGCUUCAGAUGAAUGCACAGUGUGCACAAGAAGAGUUUGAGGGUCUCAAACAGAGGAAGAUUGUUCGAUACGCAUGUACCUACAAUCCCGAUGAGGAGAUUAUCACGAGGAUGCCAUCUGCUCCAGUUCGCGUGGCCGUGAUUCGUGAGGAGGGCACUAAUGGUGACAGAGAAAUGAUCGCCACGCUCUUCAAUGCAAAGUUUGAAGUGCAUGAUGUAACAAUGACGGAUUUGCUGGCCAAGAGAACCACUCUGGAUGCCUAUAGAGGUGUCAUUUUCCCAGGAGGCUUCAGCUAUGCUGAUACUUUGGGAUCUGCCAAAGGAUGGGCCGCUACAAUCCUCUUCAGCGACAUCCUACGUCCUCAAUUUGAUCACUUCAAGCGUCGCACGGAUACUUUCUCUCUAGGUGUGUGCAAUGGAUGCCAACUUAUGAGUCUCAUUGGAUGGGUGGGAAAUAACAAAGAUGCCCAGGAGAGUGCUUUUGAUGUGCCUGACGUUGCUCUACUGCGUAAUCGCUCAGAGCGCUUUGAGUGUCGUUGGUCGACGCUGAAAAUCGCCGAAGACACCAACUCCAUCCUCCUAAAGCGCAUGAAGGGUUCAGUGAUCGGUUGCUGGGUUGCUCACGGUGAGGGACGCUUCUCAUUCCGCACAAGAGCUGUUUAUGAUGCUCUUCAGAGCAAAAAUGCCGUUGCUGUUCACUACGUCGAUGAUGAUCAUAAGCCUACAGAGAAGUACCCAAUGAAUCCCAAUGGAAGUACUGAAGGUGUCGCUGGCAUUACAUCAGAUGAUGGACGUCACUUGGCCAUCAUGCCACAUCCCGAGAGAUGCAGCAUCCUCUGGCAAUGGCCGUAUGUGCCACACGACUUUAAAUAUAAAACCUCCCCAUGGCAAACGAUGUUCAACGAAGGAUUCCUGUGGUGCUCAUCCACCACACAGAAUGUCUAAUUCUCAAAAUCUCUCUAUAAUUCCAGAACAAUUCCAUUUAUUUUUUUUGUAUACUUUAUUUAUCAAUAAACGUGAUAUAAUUACAUAAA